AUGAUGGUUGCUCUCUCAGCCUUGCCGCCGGCCCAAUGGUGCCAGAUAUUCUUCGGGCUUUCAACAGCAGUAGUUUUGGCCAUCCAGGUAGUCCCAAAGACAACUCAGCGCCUUCUGCUUGACUACGGUGCCCGCUCGCCGGCUAAUGCCACCGACACCGACGACCGGACGAAGGGUGUCACUGUUCCCAAUGGAUUGGACUUCUUCACCCAAGCCGCCAAAGCCGUGACGUCCUUUGGACAAAUCCCACACGCGUGGUUCAUGCACUUCUACGUCGCGUCCGUUGCAGGUUCGGCUUUCUGGGCAUGGCAGUAUAUUCAAAGCGGCUCAGCCAUGGCCGUCAUCUCAGCUCAGCAGGCGGCUUCGGGCGGCCCGUUUGUGAGCUUCGAGCAGACAGUUCUCGUCUGGACAUUGAUGGCGCUGCAAGGCACGAGGAGAUUGUACGAGUGUCUCUUCGUGAUGAGGCCGGGGUCUUCUAAAAUGUGGUUCGUGCAUUGGCUGCUCGGGUUGGGUUUCUAUCUCUGCAUGAGUGUAUCCGUCUGGGUUGACGGCUCAGCGGCCUUGAGGCAAGAAGCAAGACCGAAUUUGGAGAGCCUUUUGUCGACUGGAGUCGUCGCUGGGACCGUCGCGUACCUCUACGGAUGGUCUAACCAGCAUAAAUGCCACAAACACCUGGCCAGCCUCAAGAAGUAUUCAUUGCCAGAGCAGGGUCUUUUUCGGUAUCUCAUCUGCCCUCAUUACACUUGCGAAUGCCUGAUCUAUUUGGGCCUUGCCAUGAUAGCCGCGCCAAAGGGUUACGUCGUCAACCGCACCCUCAUGGGUGCUUUGUGGUUCAUUGUCGCCAAUUUGGGCACAACGGCAGAUGGUACCAAGCAGUGGUACGCGCAGAAGUUUGGUGCUGAAAAGGUCGCCAGCAAAUGGAGGAUGAUACCCUUUGUCUUCUAG